AAUCCCAGCACACUGAAUCCCACUGACUCCACACCUGAGGUGACAAAUCCUACCAGCGAAGCUCCAACCGACCCCCCAAUUACAACCGAAAAUCCGGGAACUACCGAAGAACCAGCAAGUCCCACUGACUCCACACCUGAGGUGACAAAUCCUACCAGCGAAGCUCCAACCGACCCCCCAAUUACAACCGAAAAUCCGGGAACUACCGAAGAACCAGGAAGUCCCACUGACUCCACACCUGAGGUGACAAAUCCUACCAGCGAAGCUCCAACCGACCCCCCAAUUACAACCGAAAAUCCGGGAACUACCGAAGAACCAGGAAGUCCCACUGAUUCCACACCUGAGGUGACAAAUCCUACCAGCGAAGUUCCAACCGACCCCCCAAUUACAACCGAAAAUCCGGGAACUACCGAAGAACCAGGAAAUCCCAGCACACUGAAUCCCACUGACUCCACACCUGAGGUGACAAAUCCUACCAGCGAAGCUCCAACCGACCCCCCAAUUACAACCGAAAAUCCGGGAACUACCGAAGAACCAGGAAGUCCCACUGACUCCACACCUGAGGUGACAAAUCCUACCAGCGAGGCUCCAACCGACCCCCCAAUUACAACCGAAAAUCCGGGAACUACCGAAGAACCAGGAAAUCCCAGCACACUGAAUCCCACUGACUCCACACCUGAGGUGACAAAUCCUACCAGCGAGGCUCCAACCGACCCCCCAAUUACAACCGAAAAUCCGGGAACUACCGAAGAACCAGGAAGUCCCACUGACUCCACACCUGAGGUGACAAAUCCUACCAGCGAGGCUCCAACCGACCCUCCAAUUACAACCGAAAAUCCGGGAACUACCGAAGAACCAGGAUAUCCCAGCACACUGAAUCCCACUGAAUCCACACCUGAGGUGACAAAUCCUACCAGCGAGGCUCCAACCGACCCGCCAAUUACAACCGAAAAUCCGGGAACUACCGAAGAACCAGGAAAUCCGAGCACACUGAAUCCCACUGACUCCACACCUGAGGUGACAAAUCCUACCAGCGAGGCUCCAACCGACCCACCAAUCACAACUGAAAAUCCGGGAACUACCGAAGAACCAGGAAAUCCCAGCACACUGAAUCCCACUGACUCCACACCUGAGGUGACAAAUCCUACCAGCGAGGCUCCAACCGACCCCCCAAUUACAACCGAAAAUCCGGGAACUACCGAAGAACCAGGAAAUCCCAGCACACUGAAUCCCACUGACUCCACACCUGAGGUGACAAAUCCUACCAGCGAGGCUCCAACCGACCCCCCAAUUACAACCGAAAUCCGGGAAUACCGAAGAACCAGGAAAUCCCAGCACCUGAUCCCACUGACUCCACACCUGAGAACAGGAAAUCCCAGCACACUGAAUCCCACUGACUCCACACCUGAGGUGACAAAUCCUACCAGCGAGGCUCCAACCGACCCCCCAAUUACAACCGAAAAUCCGGGAACUACCGAAGAACCAGGAAAUCCCAGCACACUGAAUCCCACUGACUCCACACCUGAGGUGACAAAUCCUACCAGCGAGGCUCCAACCGACCCACCAAUCACAACCGAAAAUCCGGGAACUACCGAAGAACCAGGAAAUCCCAGCACACUGAAUCCCACUGACUCCACACCUGAGGUGACAAAUCCUACCAGCGAGGCUCCAACCGACCCCCCAAUUACAACCGAAAAUCCGGGAACUACCGAAGAACCAGCAAGUCCCACUGACUCCACACCUGAGGUGACAAAUCCUACCAGCGAGGCUCCAACCGACCCCCCAAUCACAACCGAAAAACCGGGAACUACCGAAGAACCAGGAAGUCCCAGCACACUGAAUCCCACUGACUCCACGCCUGAGGUGACAAAUCCUACCAGCGAGGCUCCAACCGACCCGCCAAUUACAACCGAAAAUCCGGGAACUACUGAAGAACCAGGAAAUCCCAGCACACUGAAUCCCACUGACUCCACACCUGAGGUGACAAAUCCUACCAGCGAGGCUCCAACCGACCCCCCAAUCACAACUGAAAAACCGGGAACUAGUGAAGAACCAGGAAGUCCCAGCACACUGAAUCCCACUGACUCCACGCCUGAGGUGACAAAUCCAACGUCGGUGGAUUCAACCACAUUAGCUCCAACAGAAUCCACCACCAAGCCUCCCAGUAUUAUUCAGACUUGUCCUGGAUCUUCACCAAGUAGUUGGAAUCCUGGAACUUCGACUUGCUCACGGCCUUUGUGUACUGAAGAGCAAUAUCGUGAUAAUGUGCACUUGCCAAGCAGGCAGCCUCAUAAAUUCUAUCAGUGUGAAAUUCCCGGACUUCCUGUUGAAAAAGAAUGUCCUGGAGGAACUUGUUUCAGUUCUGAAUAUCGCGUCUGCGUGCAUCCUUACCAGUGGAAGAACCCAUGUGAUGGCGUUUUGCCAGCGUGAUUCAUGUUGGAGAAAUUUGAUAAAAAUGAAUCGAGAUCGUGUGGUAUUGUAAAUGAAUAAAAAGUUGUUCAUGUAUACAUGUGGAAUAUACUUUAUUUCUUUAUGUUUUUAUGACUUGUAAAUGAUUCUAUAACUGAAGAAAUUUUGGAACAAUCGAUUGGGUUCAUGCUGAAUAAUGUUUUUUGUUCAAGAGGUUCGAAAACAAUUUCCUGUAUCCCAAGAUAAU